AUGGCUUCGCCUCCGACUUCUGCUGGCGCGGUCUUACCGGCGCGAGCGCUGUUGAUCAAGCCACAAUGGCUCGAGCCAAUCUUCUCUGGCAGACAGACUUGGGAGGUCCGUGUGCGAGAUCUUCGCAUACGAGGGCGAGUCUGUUUGGCAUCCGAGGGCAAGCUGGUUGGAGAAGUUGAGUUCACAGACUGUUUCCCGAUCGGUGCUAGGGACGCGGGUAACACUCUCGUGUCGGUGCCCGGCUACGACCACAACUUCAUGGGUCUGCAGGCCAACAAAGACAAAAGAUGCAUCGAGGAUGUGACUGUGCUGACAUACACUCGUCUCUUCGCCUGGGUGACGAAAGAUGCCUUUCGAUGCGUGGCGGCCAUUCCUUACAGCCAUCCAUUGGGAGCUCAGCAAUUUGUCGACUUGACUCGCCCUGGCGUAGUUAGCGCUACGGCGGCUCUGCGACAGUGUCUGAAGGACGUGGUAACCUUGUCGGUCCCCUUGAGCAUCUUCCUCAGCAGACCAGCACAUCGGGAAGUGUGGUUUCCAAAAGACGGCGCACAUCCUGAGACCCCGCGCCCUCAAGAUAACUGCUUCGUGGUAGAACGCAUCGUGAGGAUGACAAUGUCCGCCGCUCUAAGAGCCGGCAAGAAGGGCAAGUUGUGGAAAGGAGCCGGGCCCGCCGCCAAGAAAAGCUGGGUGCGAAAAGUUCCUUGGUCAGAUCGCCUGUCGAAGUAUUUUCUUCGUCCUUAUGUGGAUGCUGCCGGCAGUCCCUUUGCUGGGACGGCCGACGAGAAGGAUCUUCUCACCAGCUGGCAUCUUCAGGGAGUGCUGGAUCAGACGUGCUCAGAAUAUUGCGCCCGCCAGGGCGUUGCUCUGUCCGAGGGCGCAGCCAAUCUAGAGGUAGGCGCCGCGCUGCUAGCACAUCACAUUUCCAUUGACCCGGAGGAGGCAUGCAAGUACUUGAACACGGCCAACGAAGAUCUCGAGCGCAAUGACGAGGCGACCUCCACGGCUGUCAAGCGCUUUCUCCGGUUCUUCACAACUGAUGCGGGCAAGAAGGAAGCUUACUUCAAGAAGCUUGCUAGGUUCUCAGCGCGGCUGUACCUCUUCGCUUUCGAGGGACUCGAGGCAAUCACUGCACUGAACAACCCGAAGGUGAUGGCGGCAGGAGUCCAUCACAUUGGUGCUGACUACAAUCUGCCCGGACCUUCUAAUACCUGGCUCAAGAAACUUACCGACCAAGAAGCCAUGUUAGGAUCGUUUGCGGCGGCCUUUCAGAAGAUCGAAGGCGUCAAAAAGAGAUCCGGCGCUGUCGCCUUCGACGAUUGGGACGAGACCACAACCGGCGAUGUCUGGGAUGCUGGUCAGAAGGGCGGCUAUGCUUGGGGGCACGACGAGGACGAGGACGAGGAGGAAAUGCAGAAGCCCAGCCCGCCCCCCAAGAAGCGCCACCCGGCUGCGUCACUCAAGCCAGCGGCUGCACAUGAUGCGCUCGCCUCAGACGACGAACCUUUCCAGCAGUUGGAUCUAGAGUCCUCGCCAGAAGCGCUGCUGGCGAAAGCGAAGGAAGACACGAGGGAUCGGCCUCCUCUCCAGGAUGCCUUGACCGACAAUCUUCGAAAGUUGCUCCACGCGCUAGAGACGAUGGUCGCCAGCCUGGACGAGGCCUUGCAGACUCAGGCUGCAUCUCCGGACAAGCGAGGCUUUUAUCUCUGA